AUGUCAGGACGCAGCCUAUCUGAUGAGUUCCGCGAGGAGCAUGCUAAUUUCUGGACUCUCAUGGAGCAGAUUAUCCAUGGCCUUAGGAACAACUAUCCCGCCAACCAAGACGAAAUCAUUGGCCGAAUGGGCCAGCUCAAUCUCCAGCUGUCGACCCUUCGACGAGCCGGAGAGAUGAUGGGCUCGAGUUACCCACCCAGCGACAUCGUCCGUGAUGCUCCUCCCGGGUACUUCUCUGGCCGCGCCCAACGCCAUCAGAAUUACUUCGGUACCGAGUUCGGUUACUCCUGCUGGUAUACCCAAGCCCACCUGGGGCACACCAUUGCAGACCUUCUGUGCCAGAGAGACCACACCCGCGUGGCCGACCACCUGGAGCAGCUGCUAACGAGUUGGGUAUUGACCGAGAUGAGAGUCUUCCCUCGCCAACUCCCCACGCGCAACCCAGUCGAGCAGCCAGUCAAUAUCGUCCAUAUUGAUGGCCCACCAUACUAUACACCGGGCGGCCCUGAACCACGCGUCAAGACAGCAAGGACUAUUGGUCCAGUCCGCACACACCCACAUAUCCGUCUGCCCGCCCCGACCGAUACUACUCACGGUGUGGCACGGCGAACACGCCAUCGCGCUGUACCAUACCCUGGACGUGGUGUUCGCCGGGUACGUCCUGGGAAUACCAGGGUCACUCCGCCAAUGCCCAAGGCCGCCCUUCCACUCCCUAAUAUCAUGCAGAAUGGCGAUGCUUCCCUUAUUCCGCGACCGACUCUUGCCGGUGUCCAGUCCCUUUUCGCUCCACAAACCCUCCCAGGAGGAGUUACUCUUCCCGGUGUAUCAGCUACGUCUGUGCCACCCCCACGUGGUUUGCAGGUCCCUUCUACUGUACCAGGUCCUAAUACUGAGGCAACUGUGUCUGUUUUGAAUGCCAAUAUCAGGGAUACUUUGCAUGGAAACCAGUCUCUUCAGAACUCCGGUCCUGGCCAUUGA